AGGCAGAAGGUAGACACCCACGCUGCAGCUGGAAACUGAUAUCCCCACUAUAGGGGAACAGUGGGAAUAAUGGUGUCACGGAGCAAGAUUCCUAGUUGCCCCACAACCCCAUCGCAGUAUAAGGGUUCCAACUGAAUGGGCAAAGUGGGACUGCCUGAAACCCACGGGGAAACCCCUGUAAUUGGGACUAGGUUCCCCCUCCCUCCCAGGGCAAAAACAGAGAAUAGCUCUGAGCCUGUAAAUGACUCUCUAAUUAGAAGCAAGGGACAGACUGACCUGGAAUGACACACAGUCAGGCAGGAAUGUGGCAACACCAGAAUUUAAUGGCACCAAUGAGUAAGUACUGCCAGCCAGACAGUCAAUACAACUGAGCAACUACCUGGAUAUUUUAAUUGCUCUGUCGUAGAACUGUGCCAAUUCAGGAUGUGUUAAGGCGGGGGCGGAGAUGCCAAGGGCAAUCUUAAAGGGACCCAUCUGAGAUAAAUCAGGGUAAAAUCAGUGCCCUCAGUUAGUAUGGGUAGGGGAUGGCAGGGUAUAGCCCUCAGUGCCUCAGUUAGUAUGGUUAGGGGAUGGCAGGGUAUAGCCCUCAGUGCCCUCAGUUAGUAUGGGUAGGGGACGGCAGGGUUUAGCCCUCAGUGCCCUCAGUUAGUAUGGGUAGGGGACGGCAGGGUUUAGCCCUCAGUGCCCUCAGUUAGUAUGGUUAGGGGAUGGCAGGGUAUAGCCCUCAGUGCCCUCAGUUAGUAUGGUUAGGGGAUGGCAGGGUAUAGCCCUCAGUGCCAUCAGUUAGUAUGGUUAGGGGAUGGCAGGGUAUAGCCCUCAGUGCCCUCAGUUAGUAUGGUUAGGGGAUGGCAGGGUAUAGCCCUCAGUGCCAUCAGUUAGUAUGGUUAGGGGAUGGCAGGGUAUAGCCCUCAGUGCCCUCAGUUAGUAUGGUUAGGGGAUGGCAGGGUAUAGCCCUCAGUGCCCUCAGUUAGUAUGGUUAGGGGAUGGCAGGGUAUAGCCCUCAGUGCCCUCAGUUAGUAUGGUUAGGGGAUGGCAGGGUAUAGCCCUCAGUGCCCUCAGUUAGUAUGGUUAGGGGAUGGCAGGGUAUAGCCCUCAGUGCCCUCAGUUAGUAUGGGUAGGGGACGGCAGGGUUUAGCCCUCAGUGCCCUCAGUUAGUAUGGUUAGGGGAUGGCAGGGUAUAGCCCUCAGUGCCAUCAGUUAGUAUGGUUAGGGGAUGGCAGGGUAUAGUCCUCAGUGCCCUCAGUUAGUAUGGGUAGGGGACGGCAGGGUUUAGCCCUCAGUGCCCUCAGUUAGUAUGGUUAGGGGAUGGCAGGGUAUAGCCCUCAGUGCCCUCAGUUAGUAUGGGUAGGGGAUGGCAGAGUUUAGCCCUCAGUGCCCUCAGUUAGUAUGGUUAGGGGAUGGCAGGGUAUAGCCCUCAGUGCCCUCAGUUAGUAUGGGUAGGGGACGGCAGGGUAUAGCCCUCAGUGGUUCCACUGGUCUCUGGGGAUGCUGCCUAACAUGGCAGUGCUCCUAUUGCCAGGAACCAGUUAACUAGUAACCCCAGUGAUAACCCUAAAUGACAGCUUAGAGUAGGCAGGAUUCAGCCCACAAGUAAGAAGCUGAGCAGCAGAAUGGAGUGUGAAUAUGUAUCUGUGCCAGUGUUACCCCAUAUCCCUUGCACUGUUACUAUUGGGGAUCCACCCACUUCAGUUUCCAGGAACCCCAAGUUUCCGUUACACUUGGCUGGAAACGUGUUGCUUUACAGGAACAUGUGAUUGGCUGAUACGCUCACUUCUCUGUCUCCAGUUCCUUUCACUUUCAGUCCCUGUACAUCAGAGAGAAGAGAGAGUGCGGCCGGAGAGACAGCUGCCAUUGCUUUGUGGGCUUCUUGUGUCUGCACCAAGCCACCGGGCUGCGGGGAGCCUUCCCUUGGCACUGCCCUCUCUGUGCCCGGGCACAAGUGGCACCUUGGAGAAAGGCACAGAGUAGAACUAGACUGCAAGCAGUGUCUGACCCAGCGCUCCUCCUGUCUCCCAGGGCUUCCAGAUCAAGGGGCCUGGCAGUGGCACCGGUGAGAUGCUGAACGGCUCGGUACCCCGAGCACAGAGACUGGCCAAUGCCCGUGUACAGAUGCCCGAGGAGAACGAUGAGAGGAGCCCCCCUGGAAUCUUCCAACCAUCUCUAUUGCUUCUGCCCAUUUCUCCGCUGAGGUCUUUCCAAUCUAUUGUAGAACUGGAGAUUUCAGGUCCAGGUGCCCUGUGGUCGGAAGAUGUUUGCUCCAAAUUUCAAGAUCUCCCCGACUUCACCCCUGCACAAAUGGAAGCUCUGAUUGGGCUGCUCAGGUGGAGACAGCUUGGUGCCUCAGCCAAUGGGAACACACUGAGGGUCAGUCAAUACCUCCUGAUGUUCCAGAACCAAAUCGAGGACCGGAAGGAGCUGCGCCAUUUGGCUCAGAAGCUGAAGAGUUUGGGCAGAACAGACGUGGUGCAGGCUAUGCACGAACAGAAGGACCUGCUCCGCUGGCUGGGGCCUGUCACGCCGGAGGGGCAAUUAAUCAAAGAGAUGAGGAUCUCUCAGUGGCUGCAAUUCACCACCGCACUCAGCGUCACUAACCCCACAGGGAACGACUGGAGGCUACUGGCCACCAAGCUGGACAUUCCCCGCACCUUUGUGGAUCUCUGGAUGCAACAAGGCCAGAACCCAGCGGAUAAGGUGUUAAAGACAUUUAUGGUAAGUGGAACCCACUGUAACCCCGUAGUGUCCCACCCUCUGCCCUGCGGAUGCUGUUGGACUACAACUCCCAGCCUCCCUGCAGCUGCCACUGGGGGGGAGGUUCUGACAGUAUCUGGAGUGAGCGUAACUCCUCCCAGUGUUCUGACGGGCCAAUGGCAACUCUUGUUGUGCAGGUUCGGGUCAGUGAAGCCACCAUGGGCCGACUCUUUGACCUGAUGACUGAAAUGGAGAGGGAAGACCUUGCUGCGAUGCUCUGACCCAAUACGUGCCACUCCCACCCCUCCUGCGCUCCUGGGUCUCGGUGCCACGCCGGAACAUUCUGUAGGACUCGGGGAGCUGGAAGAUCACAUAAUGGCUGAUGGGUGGCAUCCUGGACUGGUGCUGAUCUGACAAAGGGGUGGAGCCAGGUGUUGGGUGGGCGGAGCGUAGGUUCUGCCGGCCCCCCUCUCUCUGGGUUGCUCCAUGUUAGAGGCCAGUAAAGAACCCAUUCUGAGAGGGGUCAUUUCUGUCUGUCCUGCUGCCCUUGGCCCCCUUCCCUGGCACAGGGGUGGUCGAGUACUUUGGGGGGUAGCGGAUAAAUAGGCGGUCUUCCUCCUUCUUAAUCCAGCGCAGAAGCUUCGUUAUAACAUUAAUGGCCCCCACCUUCGUCACUAACGAGCUAAACGCUGUGUACAGUUCAAACUUGCUGGUCACCUGGAAUAGAGGGGGCAACAUUAGCGCAAAGUACCCUCGCUAGCACUCUAAUCGGGGUACGGGAAUACCCUCGCUAGCACUCUAAUCGGGGUAUGGGGAUACCCUCGCUAGCACUCUAAUCGGGGUACGGGAAUACCGUUGCUAGCACUCUAAUCGGGGUAUGGGGAUACCCUCGCUAGCACUCUAAUCGGGGUAUGGGGAUACCCUCGCUAGCACUCUAAUCAGGAUACGGGGAUACCCUCGCUAGCACUCUAAUCAGGAUACGGGGAUACCCUCGCUAGCACUUUAAUCAGGGUACGGGGAUACCCUCGCUAGCACUCUAAUCAGAGUAUGAGGAUACCCUCGCUAGCACUCUAAUCAGGGUACAGUGAGAUCCAAGGUAGAGAGCUAAGCUUCUAUCUGUGCCUAGAGGCCUAGAGACAGUCUGGGUACCGGUUCCUAGAGACAGUCUGGGUAGCGGUUCCUAGAGACAGUCUGGGUAGCGCUUCCUAGAAACAGUCUGGCUACUGGUUCCUGGAGACAGUCUGGGUACCGGUUCCUAGAGACAGUCUGGCUACUGGUUCCUAGAGACAGUCUGGGUACUGGUUCCUAGAGACAGUCUGGGUACUGGUUCCUAGAGACAGUCUGGGUACUGGUUCCUAGAGACAGUCUGGGUACUGGUUCCUAGAGACAGUCUGGGUACUGGUUCUGGUUACUAGUUCCUAGAGACAGUCUGGGUACUGGUUCUGGUUACUAGUUCCUAGAGACAGUCUGGGUAGUGGUUCCUAGAGACAGUCUGGGUAGCGGUUCCUAGAGACAGUCUGGGUAGUGGUUCCUAGAGACAGUCUGGGUAGCGGUCCCUAGAGACAGUCUGGGUAGCGGUCCCUAGAGACAGUCUGGGUAGCGGUCCCUAGAGACAGUCUGGGUAGCGGUCCCUAGAGACAGUCUGGGUGCCGGUCCCUAGAGACAGUCUGGGUACCGGUUCCUAGAGACAGUCUGGGUAGCGGUUCCUAGAGACAGUCUGGGUAGCGGUUCCUAGAGACAGUCUGGGUAGCGGUCCCUAGAGACAGUCUGGGUAGCGGUCCCUAGAGACAGUCUGGGUAGCGGUCCCUAGAGACAGUCUGGGUAGCGGUCCCUAGAGACAGUCUGGGUGCCGGUCCCUAGAGACAGUCUGGGUGCCGGUUCCUAGAGACAGUCUGGGUACCGGUUCCUAGAGACAGUCUGGGUAGCGGUUCCUAGAGACAGUCUGGGUAGCGGUUCCUAGAGACAGUCUGGGUGCCGGUUCCUAGAGACAGUCUGGGUGCCGGUUCCUAGAGACAGUCUGGGUGCCGGUUCCUAGAGACAGUCUGGGUGCCGGUUCCUAGAGACAGUCUGGGUACCGGUUCCUAGAGACAGUCUGGUUCCGGCCCUCUCUCUGUAGACCCCCACCCACCAAGGAAGCACAUUUAGGGGGGUAUGGGUGCCAAUGAGACAUUACCCAGGCCAGCAGGGUCUCCUUCUCAGCCACAUGGUAGAUGAGGCGCAGGGGGCGGGCCGAGUUGUGCAUCCGGCAGUGCAGGUAGCGGUACAGAUCAAACAGCCGCUGUCUCUCCUCCUCGCUGGCGUACGGACUGUCAGCUUCCGGGCUGCAACGGCACAGAGACAGUAUCAUGGCAUGGCUGCUGGCAGGCACUCCAUAGGCCAGCUGGGCCCAACUGCCAGGGGCAAUAUGUUGUACUAACGGGCAAUAAAUGUAUCUGUCUGCUGCCUA